UCCCCUCUUGUGCUAUUGACAAUAACAAGCCCCGGUUCUCUUCCCCCCUCCCCCCAACCACGGCGUCUCCCCUCCCGGAGAGAGGGAGAAAAGGAGGAGGAGCUGCAGUCUCAGACUUACUGUGUCGCUUCUGCAGAAAGCGGGGAGAGAGACCGAAAAGCAGGGGACGGGGACGGCGGGGCCGUUUACCUGUCUGCCUCCUCAUUCGCUCUCCCCCCUCGUUCUGCUCACUCCUGGUGUCAGCCUAUCCGCCUUACCAAACCCUCCCAUUUCCCCGGUGUAGCCCCCCGCUUCACUUUCCUUCUCGUCCUCUGUGUUUCUCCUCUCUUCUCUCAUCCCUUCCCCCUCUAAGCAUUGCCACCUUCUCUCCUACACGCGCGCAGGCAUAUAAACGUAGGUUUUUGAUGCUCCUUUGCCUGUUGACCCCGCUAUUUUCAUGUUUCCAACAGGUUUUUCUUCCCCCAAUCCCUCAGCUGCUGCUGCUGCUGCUCAGGAGGUCAGAGCUGCCACUGAUGGUAAUACCAGCACCACUCCGCCCACCUCUGCCAAGAAGAGAAAGUUAAACAGCAGCAGCAGUAGCAGCAGUAACAGUAGUAACGAGAGAGAAGACUUUGAUUCCUCCUCUUCCACUUCUCCUUUACAACCCAGGGAUUCGGCAUCCCCUUCAACCUCGUCCUUCUGCCUGGGGGUUUCAGUGGCUACUUCCAGCCACGCACCGGUACAGAAGAAGCUGCGUUUUGAAGACACCCUGGAGUUUGUAGGGUUUGAUGCGAAGAUGGCUGAGGAAUCCUCGUCCUCCUCCUCUUCGUCUUCACCAACUGCUGCAACAUCUCAGCAGCAGCAACUUAAAAAUAAGAGUAUAUUAAUCUCUUCUGUGGCUUCGCAUCACGCAAACGGCCUAGCCAAAUCUUCUACCACCGCCUCUAGCUUUGCUAACAGCAAGCCUGGCUCUGCUAAGAAGUUAGUGAUCAAGAACUUUAAAGAUAAGCCUAAAUUACCAGAAAACUACACAGAUGAAACAUGGCAGAAACUGAAAGAAGCGGUGGAAGCUAUCCAGAAUAGUACUUCCAUAAAAUACAAUUUAGAAGAACUCUAUCAGGCUGUAGAAAAUCUCUGUUCAUACAAGAUUUCUGCAAACUUGUACAAACAGCUGAGACAGAUUUGUGAAGAUCACAUCAAAGCACAAAUUCACCAGUUCAGAGAGGAUUCAUUGGAUAGUGUUCUUUUUCUAAAGAAGAUUGAUCGAUGCUGGCAAAACCAUUGCAGACAAAUGAUCAUGAUCAGGAGCAUUUUUUUGUUUCUGGAUAGAACUUACGUUCUUCAGAAUUCAAUGCUACCCUCCAUUUGGGACAUGGGACUGGAGUUAUUUAGGGCUCAUAUUAUAAGUGAUCAGAAAGUCCAGAAUAAGACAAUUGAUGGCAUUCUUCUCUUGAUUGAGAGGGAAAGAAAUGGUGAAGCAAUUGAUAGAAGUUUACUCCGAAGCCUUUUAAGCAUGCUUUCUGAUUUGCAAAUUUAUCAAGAUUCUUUUGAACAACGAUUUUUGGAAGAAACUAACCGGCUUUAUGCAGCUGAAGGCCAAAAAUUAAUGCAGGAAAGAGAGGUUCCUGAAUAUCUUCAUCAUGUUAACAAACGUCUAGAAGAAGAAGCAGACAGACUUAUUACUUACUUAGAUCAGACCACCCAGAAGUCAUUAAUUGCUACUGUAGAAAAACAGCUUCUAGGUGAACACUUAACAGCAAUUCUUCAGAAAGGUUUAAAUAACCUCCUUGAUGAAAACCGAAUUCAAGAUUUAUCUCUCCUGUAUCAGCUCUUCAGUAGAGUUCGAGGUGGAGUUCAGGUUCUCUUGCAGCAGUGGAUUGAGUACAUUAAGGCAUUUGGCAGCACUAUUGUAAUUAAUCCUGAAAAAGAUAAAACCAUGGUUCAAGAACUGCUGGAUUUUAAAGAUAAGGUUGACCAUAUAAUUGAUAUCUGUUUUCUGAAGAAUGAAAAAUUUAUCAACGCCAUGAAAGAAGCAUUUGAAACAUUCAUUAACAAAAGACCAAACAAACCUGCUGAACUUAUAGCUAAGUAUGUAGAUUCAAAGCUUCGUGCGGGCAACAAAGAAGCUACAGAUGAAGAACUUGAAAAAAUGUUGGAUAAAAUCAUGAUCAUAUUUAGAUUUAUCUAUGGUAAGGAUGUUUUUGAGGCCUUCUAUAAGAAAGAUUUAGCCAAGCGCCUGUUAGUGGGGAAGAGUGCAUCUGUAGAUGCUGAAAAAUCAAUGCUGUCCAAACUUAAACACGAAUGUGGAGCUGCUUUCACCAGCAAACUUGAAGGAAUGUUUAAAGACAUGGAACUUUCUAAAGACAUCAUGAUUCAGUUCAAACAGGUAAAAUAUAUGCAGAACCAGAAUGUACCAGGGAAUAUUGAAUUAACUGUGAAUAUUCUGACUAUGGGUUAUUGGCCAACAUAUGUGCCCAUGGAAGUCCAUUUACCACCGGAGAUGGUAAAACUUCAGGAGAUUUUCAAGACAUUUUACCUAGGCAAACAUAGUGGCAGGAAACUUCAAUGGCAGUCAACUCUAGGACACUGUGUGCUAAAGGCAGAAUUUAAAGAGGGUAAAAAAGAACUCCAGGUCUCUCUUUUUCAAACACUGGUGCUGCUAAUGUUUAAUGAGGGAGAGGAGUUCAGUUUAGAAGAGAUCAAGCAGGCUACUGGAAUAGAGGAUGGAGAGUUAAGGAGAACGCUGCAGUCAUUGGCCUGUGGCAAAGCUAGAGUGCUGGCAAAAAAUCCAAAGGGCAAAGAUAUUGAAGAUGGUGACAAGUUCAUUUGUAAUGAUGAUUUCAAACACAAACUUUUUAGGAUAAAGAUCAAUCAAAUCCAGAUGAAAGAAACGGUUGAGGAACAAGCAAGUACUACGGAAAGAGUAUUUCAGGACAGACAAUAUCAAAUUGAUGCUGCAAUUGUUCGAAUUAUGAAGAUGAGAAAGACCCUUAGCCACAAUCUCCUUGUUUCAGAAGUGUACAACCAGUUGAAAUUUCCAGUAAAGCCUGCUGAUCUUAAGAAGAGAAUAGAAUCCCUAAUUGACCGGGACUACAUGGAAAGAGAUAAAGAAAAUCCAAACCAGUACAACUACAUUGCAUAAAAUGUUGGCCUCUGAGUGUCUGGUGUCAUACACAGUAGCCAGUGAUUAAACUAACCUGUUGAUCUAUAUUAUUUGACUUUUUAUACUUCUGAUGACCAAAUUAAACAGUGUAAUGGAAAUAGUUGAGUGGACUUUUUCAGUGGUUAACAUGCCCAUUUAAAGAGUAAUACUUACCUUUGAAGAAUGUUGUUGAACUCUUUGCAUGUUAUUUAGUAUGAUGUGCAGAAAACUCUUUAAGGAAGUACCUGGUCUUCAUGAUUCCUCUUUGGAACUGGGGAAGAAGUCCCUAUGGCUGUUUAAAAAGAGGGGGAUUCUUAUACACCGUUAAUUAUGAAGCAAAAGGUUUAUUUGCUUAAAAUGUCAUUUAAAUAUACUUAAACUGCAUGCAAACUUUAUUUACUGUACAGAGUUCUGGAUGUAUUUAUCAAAUAGAAAAACCACCCUGAACUUGGUUGUUCACCCAUUUUGUGAUUUCUCUUGAAAAGAAGUUGUCAUAGCUAUUGAUAUUUUACUAAGUAAUGUUCUGUUACACUAAAAGAGAUGUUUUUUAAAAACUCAUUUGGAAACAAGUUUUCAAGUAGGACAGUUGCUUACAUAAUCUCUUACAUGUACACAUCCUAAGAUGUUCCACUUACAGCUAUGGGAUGUGUGUAUAUGGCUUAGCCCUGAGUUUACUGUGCUGAUUAACAGGUACUUAUAAAAAUAGCUAAAAUAGAAAAUUGUUGAUCAGCUGUACUAGAAGAACAUGGUAGGAGAGAGAAAUACAACUCUUUUUUCAUAUUAAAAAUGAAUAUAAUAUGAACAUUGCAAAAGAGACCAAAACGCACAUGUUGUGUAAAUUUUUACAGGAACAAAAAUUCAAAUAGUCUUUGGCUUACUUUAGACUUUAAUGUUGUUUGGACAGUUUUCUCUUUAUCUUGGACCAAUUAUAGACUGUUACAGGCUUUCUAGGAUUUAGCAUUUCUCUUUUCUCUAACAAAGUUUUUUUUUGAAACAUACCAGCUCUCUUUUUUGUUGGUAAAUAAGCCUCCCUUAUAGGAUGUCCUUCCUGUGUCUUCUUCAAACCCUGGGUAUAAAGGUCUUCCCCACAUACCCUCUUUGGAAAUUUCAAAUUCUGUAUUGUGCUGAUCUUAUUCCUUUCAAAAUCACUUGAAGAUAAAGAGUUCUCAUAGCCAUUGAACACCUGCUUUGCAGGGGGAUGUCCUAGGAUUGUUCAUACAUAGAAAAUAGCGAAAGUAUUGUCAUUCAGACUGAUAAUGUGAGUAAAAUGCUUUUCCUUGCCAUCAGUGGCUUUUUGAUUUUGGGGCUUUGUUUUCUUUUUUUCUUCUUUGUUUUUCCAUGAAGCUUUGAAGGUAAUUGAUCUUGGAGGGAAAGCAGAAAAUUUUGUUUUGAAUUUUAAUGUUUUUUUAUGACAGUAUGUUUCCUUGACUAUUUGGAACCAUUAGGAAGAAUACCUAGGUCUUAACCAUCAACCAGGUAGACUGGGGCUCUUGUAUCUGCUAUUGGUUGUUGGUUGUUUUCUUAUGUUCUGAAAGAUCUGUGACUAGCUAUUUUAAAAAGUUGCCUGUUUCUCUCUAAUUACAUCUACUUGCACAGUGUUGUCUAAUAAUAUGUGGUAUUUAGAAUGCCUUCCUAAUUCUUUUUGAGGAGCUAUUGCCUUUAUUUUCUCAGCUCUUCCCUGGUUUCUUUACAUGAAUCCAUCUGACCAGGAAAUGCAGCUAUUUUGUUUGCCCUCUUUCCAUACUGGACCAUCUACAUCAGUGUUCUCUCAUCCCUGAUGGUCUCUGAGAUAUGUAGACUCUUCCACAAGGCUUGAUAGUUACUCUUAAGGAAUUUUUAGGUAGAAGUGGUCCUCUUAGGAGGAGACUCUUGGUGUCACCUUUGUUAUCUUGAAAGCUGGUCCCUUCCCUGAGGCUCUUAAUUUUUUGAAAAUUUGAUGCUGUUCAGCUGAGAAAUUGGCAAGACUAUUAAAAAAACAAGUUGAGGGGAGCUGUUUAAGAAAUUGAAAAGUAAUUGCAAACAACAUUGGGUAAUUGUGACUUUCAGUUGUUCUGUAUAAGUUGAAUUUUUGUGCUCCUUUCACUGUGUAUGUGGUGGUUCUAUUUUUCUCCAAUAAAAACUUUUAUUUAAAAAUU